AUGUCUGUCGAAAAUUUACAGGAGAAGGCUCGUUCGAUUGUGGGCUCGGCGACCCAGGAGGAAAAGGAGAUUAUCUUUAUAUGGAUGCAAGUUCUACAAGAGAAAUUCGCAGGGGAUAUCCUUCGCCAAGUCGUUCCAAAGCGAUUCGACGUUGAACGAAGCAAGAACGGGAGCAAGAAGGAUUCCGGGACGCUUGUUUGUGAAAUUACAGUAACCGAAGAUGCACCUCUCUGCUAUUAUCCGCCUUCAUGCGGUCUCACGUUUCGUUGA